AUGACUGACGAUGCAUCAACAGCUUAUAUUUGUAUCUAUUGUCCAUUCAAUUCAGACAAUUUACAAGCACUUGAAAAUCAUUUAACAAAUACGCACGGGCACGGGUGUCAAGAUGCACCACUACCAUCACAUAUACAAUCGUCAUCAUCAUCAUCAUCAUCAUCAUCGAACAUUACUACCAAGGCCGGCAAACGCGAGGCGCCUGAUGAUGAACAGCCUCAAUCGUCGUUGAAUGGUAUUAAACAAACAAAAGAUCAUCCAUUCGGAGUCAAACGAGUUCGACGUACAUUGUCUCCAACUACACCACCGAAUGUCUUUGUCAAUGGUCAUCAUGAUGAUAAUAAUUCGAAACAAGGUGACGAUUCAGAUACGUCUGAUGAAGACGAUGAUGACGAACGUGAUUCAUCGUCGAAUCCAACAACCAUGUCGCCAAAAGCUGUUCUUAUAUGUCCAACAUGCGGUUCAACGUAUCAUCGUCUUGGGCAUUUGAUACGACAUGCAAAGCGAAAACAUCGUAUUGAUUUAUCGAACUAUGAUGGACCAGAAACGUUCGACAUUCUUACAUCACAAACCAAUCAAAUGGAAUCAUCUGAUCUCGAAGUAAACAAGAACAGUAAAGAGCAAGUAGAUAUGUCUAAGAUCGAUGAGACCGAUUCAUUAGACAAAUCAUCUCAGCAGCUAGAUGAAACGCCAUCGGAUGCAAAUGCGACAACAAACUGUCCUUAUUGUGAUUUUAAGACCACAGACAUUGAGCAGUUCAAACUACAUAUCAUAGCGCAUAUUCGUGAUAAGAACUAUCGAUGUUUACUAUGCAAUCGUUUGUACAAAUAUCGAGGUGAUUGUUCAUUUCAUAUUCGUCGUAAACAUCAUCGAUACAGUAUAAAUUCAAAUGAUUAUAUUCAACGAUUUUUAUUCGAUACGACUGAUGGAGAUGAAACUAUGUCAACACAAGCCGGUGGACAUGGAUCAUCGAUCAAUGGUAUUAUGAGUAGUUCGAAUAUCUCUCGUGAACCGGAUGAACCUGUGCGAUAUUUCGGUUGUCCUUAUUGUGAUUAUACAUCCAACUACGGUGGAGAUGUUCGAAAACAUCAAGCACGGAAACAUCCGAAUGUUGAAUCUAAAGUCAUAAAAAUGGUUCGACAAGAAUCUGAACAUCAAAGUCAGGUAACCGUACCCAAUCCUGAACAUUCAUUUCCAUCUAACGACGAUCGAGCGAUCGAUGAUGAUGAAGAUGCUCUGAAUAUCAUCACCAAACCAAACGUGAACUUACUUGAACAACAAGAACGCAAAGAGAAAAUCAAAACAGUGAAGAAAACGGAUGUGAAUUUCAUCCAACAGCAUCCAGCAACUCUACCUAUUCCACCAAAUUUUGCGCCCGUUCGCGUUUUCCAAUGUAGUUCGUGCCACCAACAAGGUACUUACAAGUGGGUAGUUGAAAGACACAUACGUGCAAAACAUCCCGAUCAACCCGAUGCACAUGUCAUCGAAUUACCAGCCGAAUUAGCUGUCAAACUACAGAAAAUCACACCGCCAUUGAAACGAUUCCGUUGUUCGUUAUGCCCAUUGCAAUCGAAACACACGUGGGUCAUUAUUCGUCAUAUCAAACAUUUCCAUACGCUGCAAACUGCCUCUGUUCUUGACAUACAACCAGAUGGAACACCGAUCAACGAUGAAGCAUUUUCCUAUCAGAAUGGGGAUUUUUCGAAUAAAUCUGAUAAUCACGAUUCCGAAUCAUCGUCCGUGAGUAGUUCAUGUAAUGACACUGGUACUGAUGGACAAGUCGACUUCCUUCGUCAACAAGAUCCAGACGAUGAAGACGAUGAGAGCGACAACGCUCGUUCAUUAGAUCCAACCAUCAACGGUUCAAUAGCACUCGUAUAUAAAUGCUCCGUAUGUGAAUUUACAUCUAAUGUACCAUGGAACAUCCAGAAGCAUAUCAACGAUUUACAUUCUGAUCAGCCCAAUGCCCAUAUGUUAACUCAAUGCCGGUCAGCACUAAUUGAUCAUACUUUGAAAUUGAAUUCAAAGAAAUCUAAACACAAAAAUGGACAUCAAACAAACAUCGCAACCGUCACGAAAAUCCCAAUGACCGCUCCAUUAUCACCGACAAGUGCAUUAGCAAAAGCCAAAUUUCCUCCUGCGGUCGAAGAAGCUAUAUUGUCACUACAAGGCUCGAAAAUCAAUGCUGGUCUCUACGCUGUACAACCGAAAUUCGGUAUUAAACGCUUAAAAUGUCGCCAUUGUUUCUAUCGUUCAAAUUGGAAAACAGAUAUGAUCCGACACGUUAGAAUCAGACAUAGCCUAACCGAGCCUGAUCAUAAUAAAGAUAUGAUCAUGAUGACUGAACAAGAAGCACGUGCGACUAUCGAAACAUAUGAAAAUACAUUUGGCAAAGAAUUACGGCGACGAACAUUUCGCACAUGGAACGAUUGGGCUAAAGCUGAAGAAGAAUUCACACCGAAGGAUGGCUCAUUGCAAUAUAGUAAUGCAAAUGGUGGAACACCACCGAUGGAUUCGAAUAAAUUAAAGAGAAACCUUUCAAUGCCAUUAUCAACUGGUGAAGAUAUAAGACGUCUGAAUAAACCCAAAGUGAAACAUGAACCGAAAAUCCUCACUAAAAAUUACAACCAAGCUCUAUCAAACCCAAAAGAUGAAUUUAAACAAUUACCGAAUUCAUCGAACAUUGUCUCGCGUCUUCUGUUGACCACAUCACCUUCGCACAGUGAUGACGGUGACGCACCAUUAGAUCUUUCUCUUAAACCAAAUCAUCAAAUGGCCAUGCCAAUGAAUUUCAAACAAUCUAAUGGAAAUCAUCAGAACCAAUCGACAUAUACGCAUUCCGAUGCUGAAGAAAGCGACGAAGACGAAGACAACAAUUCCACUGUGUCUUACGUUUGUUCAAAAUGUCCAUGUAAACGUUCGAAUUUCAAUUCCGCUCAACGUCAUCUAACACUUCACUUAACUGGCCAAGGUGUGAGUUGUCCCCUCUGUUCUUAUGCAGUAUUAUCUUCCAAGUCCAUGGUUCAUCAUAUAACAAUCGCGCAUCCAACUAGUCAAAUGCCAACUGAAUUUCCGUCUGUCAUUCGAACACCAAGUGCAACUGUUAUUGAACAGCAUCAAUGUCCAAUGUGUUCAUAUCAAUGUGAUCGUGCCGAAGCACUACAACUUCAUCGUCGUCUCGAACAUGAUGACGAAGAAUUCGAUAUCGACUCUUCCUCAGGUAUUGGCGGUGGUGAUGACUAUGUUGAUGAAGAAGAAGAGAUGGAUAAUGACAAUAGCAAUUUACCGGUCGAUUCAACUAUAAAUAUCUUUCAAUGUCCAUUAUGUGCACCAUCAACAUCAAGUAAUUUCCAAAAUCUUGAACAGUUUACCAUGCAUAUCUACACUGAUCAUUCGAAUCAUCUGCAAAACAAUCAAUCAUGUCCAUUUUGUUCUUUUAUUGCUCAUACAACAUCGUCGUCUAAGCUCGGAGAACAUAUGAAACUUCAUUUCAACGGAACGCUUGUUCAACCAGAUCCGCUUCAUGGGGUAGAAAAUGUUAAAGAGUUAUUAAUCGAAUAG